AUCAAAUCUCCCCUCAUUCUUCUCUUCUGGAGACUAAACAAUCCCAGUUCCCUCAGCCUCUCCUCAGUGAGGAGCCGGGCUGGCCUGUCCCAGCCAGGUGUCCCGUGGGCUGUUGGAACUGGCGUGACCUUCGCACUGACCCCCUUGUGUCUCAGUCUCUUCACAGGCUCCCGGGAGCCCUUCCCCAGCCUGCCCCCGGAGACCAGCCCUGUGGCUCCGUCCCUGGAGCUGGAGCGGCGCCUGGCCAGGCACUGCCACCGCAGCCCCCCCACCCCCAGCCAGAGCCGGGCGGAGCUGCAGGCCUGCCGGAAGCUGGGCGUCGCCUGCGCCAUCUGCUUCGUCUUCAUGAUCGGCGAGGUUGUCGGCGGGUACCUGGCGCACAGCCUGGCCAUCAUGACUGAUGCUGCCCAUCUGCUGGCGGACGUGGGCAGCAUGUCGGUCAGCCUUUUCUCCCUGUGGGUCUCCGCCAGGCCGCCCACCAAGACCAUGACCUUCGGCUGGCACCGCUCAGAGACGCUGGGCGCCCUGGCCUCGGUGCUGUCCAUCUGGGUCGUGACCGGCGUCCUGGUGUACCUGGCGUCAGCCCGCAUCAUCAGCAACGACUACGAGAUCGACGCACGUGCCAUGCUGGUCACCUCCGCCUGCGCCGUGGGCAUCAACGUCAUCAUGGCCUACAUCCUGCACCAGUCGGUCACAGGCCACGGCCACGCCCGGGGCUACGAGAAGAUGGAGGAGAGUCCUGGCUGCUGCGCGCCCCCCGGGAGCCCCCCGCCCGGCAGCACCAGCGUGCGCGCCGCCUUCGUGCAUGUGGUGGGGGACCUGCUGCAAAGCCUCGGGGUGCUGACAGCUGCCACCAUCAUCUACGUGGAGCCCCGGUACAAGAUCGCAGACCCCGUCAGCACCUUCCUCUUCUCCGUCUUCGUGCUGGGCUCCACCGUCACCAUCCUCAGGGACGUCUUCCGGGUCCUCAUGGAAGGUGAGCUGGGGGG